UCAACGCGUUCGACACUACAAGCAGCAUUGCGCGCUUGGCUUUGUUUGACCUUUGACUUUAACCCCACACUGACUAAGGAAGACGUCGACAACUCGACAUCCAACUUUGCUUUGUGUAGAUCCAUCUCGGCUGAGACCUGCACACACUAAAAAACCAACAGCAAGACACUCGCCAGCGAACAGAUUGAAGCCGCAUCGAUAGUUAGCCCGUAUUCUUGUCGUCACGCCCAUACGCGCAAAAAAUUCGAUAACCCUGCCACCCCGAAACCAAGACAACCACACCAAGUGCUGAUCCCAUCGGCCAGUCCGCGCAACCCAACAAGGCUAGGACCGGGCUACCGACAGUCUCGAAGACAGUGAAGGAUUCGAACACAAACAACACAAGAAAAGAAGAUGGCUGGAAAGAAGGGCCAGGACAAUAGCAAGAAGGCGGCCGGCCAGGCGCGCAAGGCCGACGCUGCGGCCCAGAAGGCUGCUGCCGAAGACGCAAAGAAGGCCGCUGCCGAAGCCGCCGAGUGGGAUAAGGGAGCCAAAAGCAACGCUAAGAAUGUGCACUAUCACAGGCCCUUGCGCGACUGCAAAGUUGCCUUCGAUGCGCUCUCCCUACAGUACGGGAAAGACAUAUACGCUGGUUGGGUGGGGAGAGUGGAGGAGUCCGAUGGCGACGUGCAAAGCGCGCACAUUUGCACAGAUGGACCAUGACAUUCGCGAUAAAGUUGACCCGAAUAUUGGUACUGACCACGAGCUAUCUUACAGGGAGGCCGAAGCCGCGAAAAAGGCCGAGGCGGCGCGCAAGAAGGCAGAGAAAGAGGCACUUCUGAAGGAGGAAGAGAAGAAUACCCCGGGGCGUACGCAACCCAAGAAUGCAAAGACGGCGGUCAGGAAGACAAGGGGUCUUGACCUGUCACAGCUGGACGAUGACGGCAGUGGCCCUCUUGCAGCUCUUAACGCCUCGGGUAUUGACAACGCUCUGGAUGCGUUGUCGUUAACCACAUCUUCAGCCGUUGACAAGAUUGACCGGCAUCCCGAGAGACGCUUCAAGGCAGCAUAUGCGGCGUUUGAGGAACGACGACUUGCAGAGAUGGAGAAGGACGGCAGUGGCCAAGGUUUGCGCCUGAACCAGAAGAAGGAGAAGAUCAAGAAGGAGUUCGAGAAGCACCCAGACAACCCCUUCAAUCAGGUGACUGCGCGCUACGACGCCUCCAGGGAAGAGUUGGCCCAGCUCAAGGAGCAGGAACGUACCAAGAUCGAGGCCCGACUUGGGUCUAGACGUUAAGCUACCGCGCAAGCUCUUGGGUGCGGACGCAUCGUUUCCCCAUCCGACAUCUUCCGGCUCUCGUACGGUUUCUUCCAAUGGCUAUGGGUAGGAACUCGCGAAGCUGCGCCGGGUCUUCUCAUCUGCUCACCUGUUCAGGCUAAAUGGUUUUGCUUGCUGUAUACGAAGGCACCGCACGGGCUCGAGCACGUCGUAUUCACGACAGCAUACAGACUGGUCGUUAUAAGGGUAGUUGUACAGUAUCCUCAUGAGCAAGGGUGUGCAAGGCGGUAGGGGUAUCUACAAUGGACUCGGUGGUUCUUUGAAGCGAGGAAAUUGCAUAAGGAUCUGAUGGGGCUCUGGUAGAAAAGCUCCGUACACGGACGGUGUGUAUGAUAGUAUGGUGAUGUUACAUUGGCCGCCGUUUCAGGUUGUACUGGUAGAUGGUACCUGGGAAUUGGAAAUGGCAUUGUGUACAAAAAAGGGACCUUUUACUUUAGCAUGGUAUGACGACAGUAUUAUGGAGCCGUGGGUUGUGUAAAGUGCGCUGUUGUAAGAGGCGGUCAAGGAGAGCGAAAGGGCCCAGAUGGCCGGUGGAUGGCAAGGCUAAAGGUUGCCUUCUUUCUGAUGUGGUGGCCGACUUCGCUGCGUUUCCCUUUCGAUGGGUUCCUGUAUCGUACAAAGCCGUGACGGAACAACACCAAGACCAGAACAGAGAGGUGGGGUUUCAAGACAACGACCAAAUAACAGGCCGGUCGGG